CCAAUGAUCAUACAGUUCAUCAUUAUUCAAGCAACAUGUCACGGCCAACGAACAGAAGACAAGAUAAUCACAAAAUAAGCAGAGAACUCUUUGUGCUCACCUAUGGAGCUUUGGUAGCCCAGCUGUGUAAGGACUACGAAAAGGAUGAAGAUGUGAACAAGUAUCUAGACAAAAUGGGCUAUGACAUUGGUAUAAGGCUGGUUGAAGACUUUUUGGCUCGCUCUGCUGUGAGGAAGUGCCGUAGCUAUUCUGAAACUGUAGACGUGAUUGCACAGGUUGCUUUCAAGAUGUACCUUGGGGUUACCCCUAGUGUGAGCUGCAGUAACACAGCAGAAAAUGAAUUCUUCCUAAUGCUGGACAAGAACCCUUUAGUGGACUUUGUGGAGGAGCUCCCAGCAGGACGAUGUUCACUUUGCUACUGUAACCUCCUGUGUGGUGUUAUUAGAGGAGCCCUGGAAAUGGUUCACUUAGCAGCAGAAGUUACCUUCGUUCAAGACAGACUGAAGGGUGACGAUGUGACGGAAAUAGGAAUUACAUUUUUAAAGAAGCUCGAAGACAAAAAGCACAAAAGAAAGAAGUGAAGCUGAUAGAAGGAAUCCUGUCUAACUUACAGUUUGCCCAUUUUUACCUAUUUAGGAAGAAAAUCCAUAUGGUGGCAAUGGCUUCAUUGAUUCAGGUACAGUUACAUCUUAGAGUGGUAAAGACAGUCAGAGCAUAUACUCAAAAUGUACUGUCACCACCUUGCAGAAUUCAACAUACAUUCUUAAAAAGGACCAGUCCUUUACUCCUUUCACAGGGAAAAUCCCAUUGAUUUCAUCAGAAGUGUGUGACUGGGCCCCAAAUCUCUAUCCUAAUUCCUGUUCUUUUUCAUUAGAAAUGUGAUUGUAUUUUCCAGUUUGCUCAUUAGUGAUGCUUCAAAGACAUAAAGAACUAUGUUUGUAUUGAUAUGCUUUUCAUUCUAGCCCUUAUGAUUGUGAACAAGACAUUGUUUUGCUAUAAAUUGUGCAGUUUCUCCUUCCAAUGCAUCUUCCUUUGUUUCACUUGUGACUACGGUUUUUCCUUCAUUUUGCCCAAUCUGCUCCCACUGAAAUCAAACAGAGAUGUGAUUACACUGGGAUCAGGUUUUCUGUAGGUAAACAUGACAACAUGCAGUUUUGUUCAGGUGCAUAUAGCAGACCUGGAGAAUUUUUCUAAAUAAUGGAAUAUGGAUGCUGUUUGAGACUAAGCACCUUGUGCAGCUUUAACUUGCGUGUUCUUCUUCAGAAUAUAUAGAUUGUUAGCAAACUGAAAAAGCAUGAUGUAAUAUAAUGCACAGUCAUCUUAAAUAUGAGCUUCACCCAAGCAAACUGUAAUAAAACAUGCAAACACUA